UUGAAAAUAAAGGGCGUCCAUCUUAGACGCUGUCACCCGUUCGGACAUACUUCAGUGGGUAGUAGUCGCCCAAGAAAAAAUUGUUCACAAUACUAAGGCCAUAGGUCAACUACGUUUAGACGUGGUAAAAGAUCAUUAUCCAAAACGAAUACAUUGUUGUUAGCCAGCUAGAUAUCGUUUUCUGUCUGCUACCCUUUCCACGUGCGAAUAAAUCCAGGGUGGAAAGAGAAACUUUAGCUUCACCACAAGGAAUUUGGCAAAGUUUCUAUAAAGUGUGAUGGACUUGAUUCUAUAGUGCUAUUGACUGCAUUGUCAUUGUUGCCAAACAAGCAGGACAACAUGAGUGGCGAGAAGGAGAGGUUGAUGGAGGAACUUGAACAGAGUUUAUUCCCCCUAUCUGAGGACAAUUUAAGAUAUCUGUGUGAACACUGUGGAAUAGAUGUCUCAGAAGUUAAAGGACAGAAACAUCGCUGGUUGAGGCGUAAAAUCAUUCAGGAAAUGUGGGGAAAUGCAGAUUCGGGAAAAUCGGAGGAGCAGGGAAUGUCUUGGUUAUUCCGACUGAAAGAGGACAUCAUGAAGAUGAAGGGAGAAGCUACUGUGGCACCAACGAGUCCCAGCCGUUCUUAUGGUGAUGAUGAAGCUACUAACUGUGAAGAAUGGGAUGUGGAGGACAAGGAUUGGUUUCCUAGCAAUGGGCUGGAGGCGGAGUCUUCCCCAGACAAGCCCACCCCAGAGCAAAGUGGCGUGUUUAUUGUCCCAGACGGUUCUUCUCUCCUAGAGUCCCCAGGUCGUGACUGUCCUGGUACAGCCUUACUGCUGGGUAUGAAGAGGGCGUCUGUUCGGCUGGUCGACUGCAGGAAAACAAUGGGGCUGAAUAAAACUGUGAAAGGAGAGGAGGAAGAAGAAGAGGAUGGUGAAGAAGAUUCAGAUUCAGUAUCCUCAAAUGACAGCCCUAACGAUCACUCGUUUAGUGGGAGGGGCAUAUCUUCUGGGAAGGUUUCAGGGUUGAAGGGAAUCCAGCGACUUCAUAGCUGUGAUCUGUGUGGAAAGAGCUUUUCUCGCCUGGGAACCCUGACCAGACACAAGCGUAUUCACACCGGAGAAAAACCUUACACAUGUGAGCAAUGUGGGAGGAGCUUUAGCUUAUCUAAAACCCUGACUGACCACAAGCGAACACAUACCGGAGAGAAGCCCUACGGCUGUGAUCUGUGUGGCAAAAGCUUUUCUCGUCAGGGAACCCUGUCCGCGCACAGGCAUGUACACACUCUGGCUGAAUACGAAGAAACAAACACUCCAGAGAAACCUUACAGCUGUGACAGGCUCUACCUCUGCUCGGAGUGUGGGAAGAGCUUUUAUACUCUCUCAAGUUUUAAAUGUCACGAGCGAACACACACUGGAGAGAAACCAUACAGCUGUGAUCAGUGUGGGAAGAGUUUUUCUCGUUCGGGAGCCCUGAUUAUUCACAAGCGUAUUCACACUGGAGAGAAACCUUACAUGUGUGAUAUGUGUGGGAAGAGCUGCAAAGAUGUCACAGCUCUGAAGGAACAUGUGCGUAUACACACAGGAGAUAAACCUUUCAGCUGCUAUAUCUGUGACAUGCGUUUUGUUCAAAAAAGCAGCAUGAAUGUACAUUUGCGCAGACACACUGGAGAGAAACCUUACAGCUGUGAUCUAUGCAGGAAAAGAUUUACUCAGAAAGGAAGUCUUAAUGCACACAAAAGAACGCAUACUGGAAACAAACCUUUCCAGUGUGAUAAAUGUGGGGAGAGAUUCACUCGACCAGGAAGUGUCAAACGACAUCAGAGGACCCACACAGGCGGCAAAAGAAUCAAGGCAAGUGAAGGAGGAAGUCAAACAGACAGAGAAGUGAAUCACGUAACACCUCCGUCCUCUAAGGCAUCAGUUUUUCAGGAUCCCUCGGUAGAUUAAAAUACACUACUAUGUAUUCUAUAUAGUGUAUUGCAUGGAGCUGGUGCAAUAUGAAGCAAAACCGACUAGUAUGUUUUCUGCAUAUAUUUUAAUGCAUUGAGGGGUUCAAAUAAGAAGUGCUGCUGGAGAAUUUUAUCCACCUUCACAGCUUAAUAUUUGGUAUUUAGAGUGGUGCACUCACGCUAUGAUGCCUAAAUAACACUGAUUAUAAAGCUUUUUUGUGUUGUGCCGUUUAAAACUGAAUAAAACAAGCUUUUACAGGUGGAUUGGAACUUUUGACCAACAUUGACAUGACAAAUUUGAUGUGAUUCUAAUAGACCAAUGACUGUUCAUUUCACUACGGAGUGGCUCUGGUCGACCAACCAGUGCUGUGCAAUGUUUUUCUUUGGGUUUUUUCACACUGAACAUUUCAAAGAAUAUUAAAUGUUAAAAUCAUUUAUUAGCACAGUAAUUUAUUAGACCUGAACUACAUCUUUAAAAGUAAAGAUACAGGAUGGGGAAUUUUGUUAAUCUUCCUUUUGCCCUCAUGAGCUCUUAUAGUGUUUAGAGUUUUUCCUGAUUCUUUGUUCAGCCUUAUUCUCAACAUUGCUUUGAUAGUUGUAUUUGUCAUUAUUCAUCUUUAAAUCUUUAUAUUUUUAUAUUAUAAAUUCAUGUAAUAUUUUUCGGUGUUGAUUUCACCAUUUGCUUAAGCAGGCUUUCAUGUAUAAACUUUCCAAAUAGUUUUGUUCUGCCAAAAUUGUAUAUAAUGGUUACAUACCUGUAAAUAAACAUACCUUGGUCUGACAACAAACUGACUUUUACAUUUUGACAGAAUUAUUUUAUGUGAAAAAUCACCUCCAAAGUUAAUUUUUCUCCUGAGUGAAUAAACAAUGUCUUGAAUACAUGUCAUGUCUAAUUUGCAAUAUUGACAGACUUACAAGCCAUUGUUCUGUGUUGCCAAGAAAGUAAAGUUGAAAUGAAACACUAACUCAUUUGUUUUGUGUAAUACAUUUCAUCAAUAUCACAAACUGAGCCAGAAAUACAUAUUUAAUUUGUUCCUGACACCUCUAGAAUAACUUAUUCACUUAGCAGAACAAUUGUAAAAAGAUCUAACAAUGUCAUUAAAUGAUUAUAUAAAAAGAAAAAUGUAGACAUGUACAACACCUGGUGAUGUUUAUUCCGCACUGUGCGUGAGCAUAAUUUGCAUUCUAUAUUUAAACCAAUUAGGACAUGAGUAGGUGUCGUACAGGGUAUUUGGAAGUUACUGAAACCCCUU